CAGUGGUAGCCACAUCGAUCAAGGGAUUUUAAGGGGUGUAUUGUGGAAUAUGAAUUGAAUUAUUUGUUUUUGGAAGGAAAUUAGUGUGUGUUGUGGGUGUUUUUUUUUUUAUAUUACUAUGGCUUUGGUUGGUUGUGCAGUUGUUUACUGGUGUUCACUUGUUUGGAUCACUACUCAGCUCUCUCUCUCCCAAGGUGCUCAAUAUGAACAUCCAGCGCAAUACCGGUACCCCUUCAUCAGGCCAGCCAGCUCGUUCUCAUCGGUGCCGUCCUCCGCCGCGUGGGUGAACCCCGCCGCCGCGUACGACUACAUCAUAGUGGGCGGCGGCACGGCGGGGUGCCCCCUCGCCGCGACGCUGGCGCGGAAUUACUCCGUCCUGCUGCUGGAGAGAGGGGGGACGCCGUUCGCGAACUCGAAUGUGUCGUUUAUGCAGAAUUUCCACAUCACUCUGGCCGAUAUAUCGGAGAAAUCGGCGUCGCAGAUGUUCAUCUCCACCGAUGGCGUGUUCAAUGCCAGGGCUAGGGUUUUGGGCGGUGGGACCUGCAUCAAUGCUGGAUUUUACACCCGGGCAAGCGCAAGUGAGAUUGAGAAAGCAGGGUGGGAUGCUGAGCUUGUGAAUGAGUCCUACCCUUGGGUCGAGAACCAGAUCGUCCAUCGGCCCGAUUUCGGUCCGUGGCAGCGAGCCAUAAGAGACAGCCUAUUAGAAGUUGGGGUGGCACCUUUCAAUGGCUUCACCUAUGACCAUUUGUAUGGCACCAAGGUCGGUGGAACCAUCUUCGACCGCUUCGGCCGCCGCCACACGGCUGCUGAGCUUCUCGCCUCUGCCAAUCCCGAUAACCUCCGCGUCCUGGUCCGUGCAACGGUCCAGAGGAUCGAGUUCGACACAACGGGGAAAAGGCCUAAGGCAGUUGGAGUGAUCUUCAAGGACGAGAACGGGAAGACGCAUAGGGCGGUGCUGUCGAAGAGGGCGAGGAGCGAGGUCAUCGUGUCCUCGGGUGCGAUCGGGAGCCCUCACUUGCUGCUAUUGAGCGGGAUUGGGCCGAAGGCUGAUCUCGAGAAGUUCAACAUCCCGGUGGUGCUUGACAACGGGUUCGUGGGGAAGAACAUGUCGGACAACCCGAUGAACACGAUCUUCGUCCCGAGCAAGACGCCCGUGAAGCAGUCCCUCAUCCAAACCGUCGGAAUCACCAAGGUCGGAGUCUACAUUGAAGCUAGCAGUGGCUUUGGACAGAACAAAAGUAGCAUCCAUUGUGACCAUGGCCUUGCUUCUGCUGAGAUAGGGCAGCUCUCCACCAUCCCCCCGAAGCAGCGGACGCACGCAGCGAUCCACGGCUUCAAGAACCGGAAGCGGAACCUCCCGGUGGAAGCCUUCCAAGGAGGCUUCAUCCUGGAGAAGAUCGCCCGGCCGCUCUCCCAAGGCGAGGUGAAGCUCUCCAACACCAACAUCGACGAGAACCCCUCCAUCACCUUCAACUACUUCAGCCACCCGGACGACCUAGCCCGGUGCGUGGAGGGCAUCCGCAUAGUCGAAAAGCUCCUCAAGUCGAAGCCCUUCUCCAACUACACGCAGCUCGACGACGACGUGGUGGAGAAGCUCCUCAACAUGAGCGUCGAGGCCAACGUCAACCUCAUUCCCCGGCACACCAACGACACCAAGUCGCUCGAGCAGUUCUGCAAGGACACGGUCAUCACUAUAUGGCACUACCACGGGGGCUGCCACGUGGGGAAGGUGGUGGGCCCCGACUACAGGGUCCUCGGCGUUGACAGGCUCCGGGUGGUGGAUGGCUCGACCUUUUUUGACUCCCCGGGGACUAAUCCUCAGGCAACGGUCAUGAUGUUGGGACGGUACGUCGGGGUGAAGAUUUUGCGAGAGAGGCUAGGGGAAGCAGCCCGGGUGUAAGGAUGUGGAGGAUUUGUAAUUCUUUUAAUCUUGAUUGUUUUUGGUAGGGUUAAGAGGUAGCUGAUGAUGUGUGAAGAAUGUUUGUGGAGUUUGCAGUCUCUGUGUUGUAUUGACAGUAUCAACUCUCUUGAUGCUGCUUUUGUGUUAUGUCUUUAUGGAUCAUCCGCCACGUCUUUUCUUCA